CGCCCCCGAGAGAGAAGCUCCGCUUCAUCAUUCCCUUGUCUUUUUCUCUCCUUCUUCCAUUUCAUAUCUCCAUCGUGUUCAUUCCGCCAGUGAAGUUGUGUGCGUUACUAGUCGGAUAGGCCAUUGUUGUCCCCUCUCAACUCGAGUCAACAGGAAAAUUCGCCGCAACCAUGUCGAACCAGGGCUACUACCAGCAGCCUCAGUACCCGCCUCAGUCAUACCCGCCUCAGGGCUAUCCCCCCCAGGGCUACGGUCCUCCCCAGGGUUACCCCCAGCAGGGUUACCCGCCACCUGGUAUGCAAUACCAGCAGCAGGCCCCGCCCCCGGAGAAGAAGGACCGAGGAUGCUUGGCUACCUGUCUUGCAACGCUGUGCUGCUUGUGUCUCUGUGAGGAGACUUGCGAGUGCUGCUUCGAUUGCAUCGAGUGCCUUGAGUUCUGCUAGAACUCAUCGCGAUAAGACACGACCGACUGUCACACCCUGGCUCCAUUGUAUACGUCCAUGACCGCCCUGUUUCUGUUGCUUCACUUUCAU